GCGCGAGCAAGACAUAUCGCAAUUUCACGAUCGGAUCCGUCCUUGGAAUCUCCGGGUCCGUGCGGUUGUCAGUUACACCGUGGCACUGGUCGGUAGCGCAUAGGGAGGCGGAAACUUGCGUUGGCUGUGUCGACCAUGAUGACUAGACUCUUUCUCUUCUUGUUCAAAACGAAAAGAACGGCAUUUGCGGUGCUCGUAUAUUCCUGAACAUGCUUCCAGUCUUACACAAUGCAUACUUGAUUCUGAACUCACAAAACGCACAUGCUGACCAAAUACAUACAGGUUAAUGCGAUGUAUGGAAUGUUAUAUGAGGUCUUCCCAUCACCUCACCGUGGUACAGUCUAUCUUUGUGUCUGCUGCGCCAUUUAUUGUCGCGGUCAUCUUGAUGAUAUUGCUUCAUAUACAUCGAAGUGGCUUUAUGAGCCUCAUGUACACGACAGUAUUAAGUUUGAGACAGAUCAAACCCUUUGCAACGAAACAUAACGAAAGCACAAUGGAAGGACAUAAAACGACAAAAAUAAAAGAAAGCGCUGAUAUCGUAGCGAGCACGCACAAGUCCCUGAAAUCACUUGCCUAAACCUAAGCUCGCCAGGGGUUGUAACUCUAUGAGAUCUGAUAUUGUCCCCGAGAUCAUGGGAGGUAGAGGGUGAACUUCAGCUGGGGUCCCGGGUUUGGUCCGGGUGCACGAAUAUUCACGCGAGACGCAGUCACGGUAGCUCGGUCAGGUAGUAUAGCACAAGCUAGGUCCAUAGAGAUUAAACCACUUCGCGACCGCGGCAUUUUCAUCUGGUCCCUUACAACCUAGACUGAUCUAACACCGCACAGUAAUAGUAGGUAAUAGUGCG